ACUAUCCUCAAAAGCUCUCACCUUCUUAAGUGAACAAAAAAACACGUGAAUAUAUACGAUAGUACUUAGACAGAAAAAUGGAUCAAAAUUUGCCAGUCAUAGCAAAAAGUUUCUGGAAAAUAGUCCGAGUGGCUUUCUUCAUGCUGAGAAAAGGGUUAUCAAAGAGAAAACUAAUGUUUGAUCUCAACUUAUUUCUGAAACGUGGCAAAAUUGCUAGCAAAGCCGCCUUUCAAAAUCUCAUGUUCCACGGCCAUAAUACCCAAGGCCAUAAUAAUACACUGGGCCACCAAUAUUGUCCUUCAUCUUCCAAAGAGUACUAUAAGUUUAGCUGUAGUAACAGUCCUACUUUCCACCUUCCCUUCAAUCUCAACAAACGCAAUAAGCAUAAUCACCAUGCACCUGACAUUGAACGCGACGAUGUUUUAAUGAUGAACUCUGCCUUUUUGAAGGCAUUGGAAAUACUUCAGAGUGAAACGGCGUCACCUGCAUUGCCUGGAUUCAGUAGGACUCCAACAGUGAGGCAAUUAAGGGUCACUGACUCUCCUUUUCCUCUAAGAGAUGUUGAGGGUGACAUUAGUCACGUAGAUGAGAAAGCUGAUGAAUUCAUUUCUCGCUUCUACAGAGAUUUGAGAAGAGAGGCCUCUGCUUUUUCUUAAUUUUUUUUAAGCUUUAGUUGCCAAUUUUCCUUUUCAGAAUAUAUUCAUGCAUGGUCUAGUUGGCCUGUGCAAUAACAUUGAAAUAGUCAAAGAGCUUAUUGCAGACUGAGAGCUGUGAAUACUGCAAAUUAAUUUGUCGCUCCAUUCUGUCUCCGGGAUUUUUUUUUCCUCAUAAUUUUCUUGUCAUGAAAUUAUGAAAAUUAUUAUGUGAUCUGAUGAUACCCUUCGUUUGUUUCUUGUUACAGUAUAAUAAUUUCAAGGCUGAUGUCCUGAAAUUUUGCACCCAA